AUGCAUCCAAUGCAAAGCCCAGUGUUGUUUUAUGGUGGCUGGUGUCAAGACUUUUCGAUGGCGUCAGACUUGGGCAGAGGCGAGAGUCGCGAGACUACCGUACUACUAUCGAUACAUUUCAGCUUCCAACCAGUCCACGAAACAUCUCCGCAUAUGCCUGCCCCCUCUAAUUACCGCCCUUUCUUUUGGAUCGUCGCUACCGUGUUCUUCAUCUCACUCUUCUACCAAAUGUCCUCGGCCAACAGAAUGGACAGUCUUGACUUUUCCUUCAAGAUCGAGAUCAAUGGUCAAGCUAUCGCUGAGAUAGGUAACAGCGGGCAAAGCCUUAGCCAGGCUACAGUUGGCCCCGGUGCUCCUGCAAUUUUUACGUUGAAGGAGGGCCGACUGAGAUGCGGAGAAUGGAUUCUUUCACGCAAACGGGUCGAGGAUCGGAGUUUUGCUCCAAAGCAGGUCGUGUGGUUCAAGGUUGGCACCGAGAGCGAGGAGCAGGCCCAGCCCGUUACUGCAAACCAGGAAGGCGAGGAUUACCAGAUUAAAUUUGGAAGCUUGAAAAUAUCAGAUGGCAAGGUCUUUGCGGAUCUUUUAGGAGAUGGAUCAAAGAAUACUGUAGUGAAAGUGUAA